AUGACUAAUCCAGGCCCCAUGCUUCAAUUCCGUGCAGGACAGCUGCGGGGCCUGCGACACACCGCGUCCAAGUCGGAUGUCAGCGACGACCUCCAGACGGCCCUCAUAGAGGAGUACGCGAACCAGAAAAAGCCCACAGACGGGGAGAGCAAUCGAGAGCGCCUUGAGCAGCUGAACAGCCCCAGGAACCGCCAACUCCGUCAGGUGUUUGAUGCGUUGCUGGUCAUCCCGGGACUCUGGAAUGGUGGAAUGCGGAUCAGUAUGGUCCAUCAGUUGGUUGCUAUCAACUGCAUUGAGAUACGUCCCCAUGACCUGGUGGUAUCACCUUCUGACAUUCGCCAGCAUAUAGUCGCCUACCUUGGAUUCGUGAAGGAGACUUGGUCAGCUUGGGUCAACCAUGACGUCGGCGCGAUGGAAAAGAUAAGCCAGGAUGAUGUGGAGAGACUAGAGUUGAUGGCACCCGGCGCAUCUCGCGUCGACGCGAAAGCGGCGUGUGAGCUUGUGCUGAGCAGCCAGGCCUUUGCAGGCUUCAGUGAAAGCGAGCGAAUGGCCAUCUGGACUCAAAUGAAAGUGUUCGGUGGACUGGUGCCAUCCCUGUACAUGUUCUUUGAGGACUUCAACUCCAUCUGGAGCAUCAUGCGGCAUAUGUUCAUUACGCCCCCCGAGAUGCAGGCGGAUUGUCCCAUUCAAACAUCGGAGUUCAUCUUCCGGCAAACGCGCACGGGAAGCAAGGAAUGUCUUGAUCUGGCAUACCGACAGGUCUGGCUGUAUGCGAUGCCGCACUACCCUUUGAUGCCGCCCGAUCUAAAGAGUGAAGAUGAGCUGUUAGCCAAACCAAACCGUGUCAAAGCUGACGAGUGUGCGGUCUAUGAGAUGGCUGAACUGGCAUAUCAGCUGGGAUUCCGCUCUUCAGAGAUCACAGUGUUGAUGAACCAGUCUCCUGACCAGCAAAUUGCGCGAGCCGCCCUGUUGCAGGCCAGGAAACCAGCACACUUCAAAUAUGCCGCUCGCUUUUUGCCAUCCCAAUCCAAUGAUGAUGAUCUCUCCGAUGUUCCUAUCCCACCAUUGUUCAUUCUAGAUGGUAGUUCUGAGCGGGAGCUACCAGGACGAGAGCAGGUUCGGGAACUGGACAGAGAGGAAACAGAACUACGGAGAGCAGAGCGUGGCGUGCAACAGCUAGAAGGUACCCCCCCGGCACCUCUAGACCCACCCGAGCCGGAGCAGAUGGCCAUGUGGUCUUGGGGGCAGCCGCUUGCUGAGCCGGACUCAUCCAGUGGACAGCCAGCUAUGAGUGAUGAGAUGAGCGCGGGAACUCCUGAUGACGAACCAGAGACCGGUGUCGAAGAUCUACAAAUUGAUCAGCAACUUGAGACAUCACAACCAGCGGAAGUAGAAGAGGAUGUGCUGGAACAAGGUGAAGAGGAAUGCCUCCGGCAGGAAGAGCAUGACCGCAGGCAGUCAUUACUUGCCCGACUUGAGUGUUCUCGCGAAGAACAAGAGAGGCUGGAUGAAGAGUGGGAGCAGGAGCAGCUCAAACAGGAGUUGAACCAACCGGCCGGGCCCUGGCUGGAAACCCCUCAGAGACAUCCACCAGCAAGGGACCUCUCAGAACGGCCAGUGACCCAGCUAGAUCUUGGUAACAUAUCAAUGCCUGAUCAGAAUGACCGUAGCAGCGAUACUCCACCGCCCAGUGACCGGCCAACAGUAGAAGCCGAAAUUCCUUUGCCCCGUAGAGUUAAAAUCUCCUUCUGGUCCUUAACGCGUGGCCAGUGGAGACGAACUGAGUGUCUUGAAGUAGAUCCCUUGGACCACUCCCCGGUUGAACGAGCUGCAUCAGAGAACACAUGUAAGAAGUUUUCCUUGUAUGAUAUGAACAUACAGAGCCUCAGCCCUGCCCAGUGCUUCCGGGCAGCAACUGCGGACGGAAAUAACAGAAUUUUCCUGCUCUCUGAGGAGGAGGGAAGGAAGUUAACCGCUGAGAGGAGACUCAUCCCUGACAAAAAGCUUCUAGACUCUAUACGGGAUAUUGAUCGACUAGCAAAGAAGCGACGUAGAUGA